AUGGCUCCAGGCGACUUUGGCUUCGGCGACUUCAGCAGCACUUACACCUCGCCCACCAUCCCAGCGUUCCCCGACCCGCUAGGGAACCACCAUCAUCCUCACCACCCGCUGCAGCCUUUGCAGCCCAAUCCCCAGACUGCUCCGGCCUAUCCUGCCCCUCCUGCCGUUUCCCAAGCCGCCCAUGCCCACCACACCGGCACCUACGUGCCCCCUCCGGGCCCUGGGAUAACCGCCCCGACCCCGGCCCCGACGACCCACACCCGCUCGGGCAGCAUGGUUGGUGAGAAACGCAAGGUCCCGCACGAGGCUGCCGUGGCCGUCCAGCAGGCUGCCGCCGCGAACGGCCGGGUCCUCACCUUUGACGAGGCGGCUCGCCUGGCCGCCGAGGAGGACAAGCGCCGGCGCAACACGGCCGCGUCGGCGCGCUUCCGCAUCAAGAAAAAGCAGCGGGAGCAGGCGCUCGAGCGCACGGCCAAGGAGAUGGGCGAGAAGGUCACCAUCCUGGAGGGCCGCAUCUCGGCUCUGGAGACGGAGAACCGCUGGCUCAAGAGCUUGGUUACGGAGAAGCAUGGUGGUCGUGAUGAUAUCCUGGAAAAAUUGCUGAAGGAGUUCGCGGCGGCAGAAAAGAAAGAGAAGGAGGAGAAGGAGAAGAGGGAGAAGGAGGGCAGUGAAACGAACGGGGUUAAGAAAGAGGAGAAGAAGGAGGGCUCGGAGGAGGUCAAAGACAGCAUUACCGCUGCUACUACUGCAAAGGACAAGAGCUCGUCUCCGGCUGCAGCAGCGAAGAACUAA